AUGUCCGCGCGCCCUCCCGACGGCGCGCGCGCGCCCCCCGACGACGUCCACGGUCUCGCUGGCUCCGCCCUCGACCACCGUCGAACGCCGCGCGCGCGUUCACGGAGCACCGGCGACGUACAGUUUGAAACCAGUUUGGAAGAUGACAAUCAAAGCUCAGAAAUUGGAUCUCGAUCGCCGUCGAUUCCGUCGUCUUCCGCGCGCGAAACCGCGAGCAGAGGCGACGGAACGUCGGUGAAGGAUAUCAUCCGCGCGGCUGGCGAAGAAGCGAUCGAGAGGGCGCGGACGUCGAUGAGCGCGAGCGCGAGACGGGACGCGGAGCAAGCGAGCACGCUGGAGGCGCAGCACCGGCGCGCGGUGACGUACUUGGCGUCGCGGCCGAAGGAAGGGCCGAGACUGCGGGUGAGAGAUCGUCUCGAUGCGCUGAUCGAGCGGUUUCCCACGAUGAGGAAGGUUUUGGAGCGACAACCGGGGAUCGGGAGGUUGUUGGAGGACGAGCGCGGGGUGGCGGCGCUCGCGGAGCGCAUCACGCGAGGCGGCGAAGGGUUAUCCGAGCUCGCGCAGAAUUACGGAGGGGAGGAGUUGAAGACGCGCACGGUGGAGGAGAUGGCGGAGGAUUUAAUGAUGCUGGAGCGGGCGAAGGCGGAGAUGCGGGAGGGGGCGUGGGAAGCUGGAGCGCAGCCAGGGACCUCGGCGCCGAGAGAGCCGACCGCGGCCGACGACGAGGCGUAUCUCAUGAGUCUGGAGCGCGGGGGGGAGAACGAGGAACGACCGAACGUGUGGACCGACGUUUACCUUCGCGCACACGCGAAGAUGAUGGACGUGAUGAUUCCGUUCAUGAUUUGCAUCGUGGGCGCGACGCUCGGCGCCGCGCGGGUCGGGUUGCUGGGUUUCAUUGGGUCAUUCACCGUGAUCUCACUCCUCUUACUCGUGGUGUAUAGGCACGCCAGAGGGUACAAUACGUACAACAUGAACACACGCAACGUGGGGACGCCGGCCGCGAUGACGGUACACGCAAUUUUGCUCGCGUGCGCGCUACAGUUUUAUUUCGUCUACGCUCCAAUGUUUGGCGCCGAGUCGCCGAUGACGUGUUUCAUCACCGCCGUGGCUUUCAUCGUGUGUCCCUGGCUGUUUUACAAGACGUAUACCGUUGGACCAGGAUUCGUGCCCACGGUGGCGAACUCUUUCUCGGCGUGGUCUCUGGAGAUGGAGCGCGUGGGCGCGACGAUGGACGGAAAAACUCCGGCGGAGAAAGCAUCCCAGAUGAUGAUGAAAGGUCGAUACUGUUCCACGUGUCACUGCGCGCGACCGCUGCGAUCGAAGCACUGCCCGUUCUGCAACAGAUGUGUGCUGAAGAUGGAUCAUCAUUGCCCGAUCACGAUGACGUGCAUUGGCGCGAAGAAUCAGAGGUUGUUCCUGAUGUCGACGCUCACGAUGCUCAUUGGUCAGCUCGGAUUCCUGUACUUCAGCGCAAAGUAUUACGGAGCACUCGUGGAGUUCGAGGCACCACGCGUCGGCGGAUCGGGAUUCCUUCCUGCGGUUGUGACGAGGUAUUACGUCUUACACCACGCGCCGUUCGGUAUGGGGCUCUUCGGACUACAAAUAGUACUUACCCUGUAUUGCUUCUUCAUAGUCGCGCGCAUGGCGCUCGGCAUCAUGGCCAAUCUCACUGUGAACGAGAUGGAGAACGCUUGGAGGUACGAUUACCUCAAAUCGGGUGACAAAGAUCGUCCGUAUCGCAAUGUCUUUGACGCCGGCGCUUGGAUCAAUUGCAGCAUGUUCUGGCGUAAUAUUGAUUGGAAACGCGACUGGGACGGUUUCUACGUCGCCGCGCAGGACAAGCGCGCCGAUUUACCCAUAGCUCCCAAGUAUAGCUACUCAUGGUUCCACUCGACGUCCUCGAACGUCUGGAGCCAAAUAUUCCGCAUACAUGCUGUCGACUCGAGGGGCGCCGACGCGAAGCCGAGCCGGUCUCGAAACAGGCAGAUGCCCAAUACCAACAGCGGUCCGGCGCCCCACGCGAACGUCCAUCAUCAUCACCAUCACCCCGCCCACGCGUGCGAGGUUCAGCACGACGUCGUAUAA